AUGAAUCUUAGGUACAAAUGCAGGUUCGAUCGGAAAUGUGAAGUAUCGUUUAACAAAAGAUAUUCCUGCAGAUGUUGUCGAUAUGAAAAAUGUGUGCGAGUGGGGAUGCGAAAAGACAAUCUCACAUCCCCUGUUUCAGUGGUGCAAAAUAAAUCAGAAGCGGAAAAGGAUUCAUCUGGCAAUGAGACUGAUAGCAUUGAACACUCUUCUCCGCACUCCUCCCUCGAGUCAUUUACAUAUCGGCCGCCGAGUUUUGACAAACAGAUUCAAAAUCCGGACCCUCCGCCGCUACUUAUGGGCAACGGCACCUUUGUACAAGAAGUUUCUUCGGAAGCCUACCAACCAAAUGGAGAUUUGCAUCAACCCAACUUUUCAUUUCACAGAACUGUUAUUGAAGAGGUGGGUAGAGCAGUUAUGCCAGCUCCUCAGCAACACAUGCAACAGCACCAGCAACACAUCCCCCAACAGCAAUUUGAUUACCAGUACUCUGAUCUAUUGAGUAGCGACGAACAAAAUACCACAUCGAUGCCAUCGUCAUCACACUACAAUAACAUGCCUCAAGAAUACAAUAAUGAAGCCGGAAAUCAGAAUCAGAUGUUUGCCAUGGCAGCACAACAAGCUACACAAGAUCUUCAUGUUAAUGUUCAAAAUGUUUUGACGCCAACCAUCGACAACAUGUUCGGCCAGCCGCCAGAAACAUUUUGCCAGUUGCCGGAUAUUCCGCUCACAUUGUGCCAACAAGCAUUGCUUGCUUAUCGAGAACACAACAAGCAAUGGCCGGACCAAGACAAGAUGAUUGAAAACGUGCCUCUUGAUAUGGAAAACUUCAUGCGAAACCACUACAUCGAAAUCGAGCACAUCGCACGAUUUUGCAUGUCUAUAAGAGUCUUCGCGCAACUGCCAAAGGAUCAAAAGUGGAUUAUCUUCAAGCACUUCUGGACGAGAUUCUAUGAAUUAGAUCGGUGCUUCGCAACAUGCCAACGCCUUGGAUAUAAUCUCAGUGAUGAGAGAGGACUUACAUUGAAUGGCCAGAUUAUCAACUUUGGAAUAUCCGUGGUUAAGCUUGAAAAUAUUAGUGAUAUGGAUGCAACGCAAGUGAAGAAUUUCCUCAAAGGAAGUAUGGACAAAUUCCGAUUGAUUUUCAUCAACCCAUUCAAAAAGUUGCAACCAACUGAAUACGAACUAAUGUAUAUGAUGAUGAGUAUUAUGUGGAGUGUGUCAAAUCUACCAGGAAUCACUGAUGCGACACGAGACAUGUCUGAGAAGGUGGAAUUAAGGCUUGCUGAAGAUCUUCAUACAUAUUAUGCGGAGCAGUACGAUAACAAUAAUCCAAACUACGCUGGUAGAAUAACAAGGCUAAGCAGUAUCGCUUCAGCUGUUGAUGAGAUCACUGAACGGAAGAGGGAGGAUAGUCAGGUGUCCAAGACAUUCAACAUCUUCAAGAAUGAUUUCUUCUUCAGCGAUCUUACUGACUUUCCUGUCUGA